AGCAAGUUAUAGCUGGUGUAUUGGACAUUUGCCCGUGACCAUCAUGUUGUCUGGAACUUUGUACUAAAGCUGGGACUGAAAUACAUCCAGGGGAACAAUGAGCGGGAACACUGAGAAGCCAGUUUUGGCAGAUGCCAAUCAGGCCCUACUUCCUUGUGAAGUCUGUGGAAGAAGUUUUGCACCCGAUGUUCUGGGAAGACAUGUGCCAAUAUGUAAAAAACUCUUCAACAAAAUACGCCAGCCAUUCAAUUCCUUGAAGCAGAGACUGCAGGGCACUGAUAUUCCCACCCUGAAGAAGGCCCCCCAGUCCAAGAAGCAUCCUGUAAAGAAGUCUACUUGGAGACAGCAACAUGAGGACUUUAUUAAUGCAAUCCAAUCAGCCAAGCAAUGUUCAAUAGCCAUUAAAGAGGGCCGUCCUCUCCCUCCUCCACCCCCCCCAAGCAUCAACCCAGAUUAUAUUCAGUGCCCUCACUGCAUGAGAAGGUUUAACGAGAAUGCAGCUGGGAGACAUAUCAACUUCUGCAAAGAUCAAGCUUCCCGUCGUGUUUUCAAUCCAGCCCAGACAGCAGCCAAAAUGGCCUCCAGGGCUCAGGGCAAGGCCCAGAUGGGCCUCAAGAAAGAGCCACCUGUAACAAGGGCUGUGGGAACAGCACUUGGGAACAGGGCCCAGGAGUCGGUGAAAGCACACCCGUCCAAAGCAGAAUCAUAUGAGCCAAUUUUACCAGAAGCAGAGAAAGGGAAGAAGAACAGGGAAGAAUGUCAUCUAACCAAGACUGAGGGCUUCUCUCUGGUGAACUAUUGGAAGUUUGUGUUUAGCCAAGUAAAAGGAAGAUUCCGAGAUAUAGUCCAUUUUCUUCCUAAGGGUAAAUGGCUGAAGUACAGUAAAAAGCAAUGGAAGCUCUAA